AUGAAUCUUUUUAAGUGGGACAUUUCUGUAGAUCACCCCAUGGAGGGUGUAUCGCAAGGCUUUGGCCAGUACCGAGCCGCUGGGUCCGCCAGGAAGAGGGGCACACCUAUUGCGCGCCGUGCUGUGAGAGAUAUCCAUCACCUGAGCGGCUCGAGACGCCGGCCCCAGUCCUGCCCUUGGUUGCCGUUCCCAUUGGCGAAGUGCUGCCUGAGAAGAAGGGGCGGUGGCAGAAAACCUAGGAAAACGCCGAAGUCGUUCGCGAUGUCCGAUUGUCGCACGAAUGUUUUGGCUGUCGUCCGGGUUCUCAUCUCCCAUCCCAUUAUGUGA